GCAACAAAUCUUUUACUUUUUAAUCAUCUGGUUCUAAUUACAGAUAGAUAAUAUUAUAUUAAGUUGUACCCUAUUCUGGCUAUAUUUUAGAUUGAAAAUUUCAUAAGUAGUUUGUCUAAAGAGAGUCACACAUUAAUGGGCUGAAUGAUUUAUACCACCCACUGUGCCACUUUUGAAUCUUUAAAGCUGGACCAUGAAAACACAAUAUACACUUAGAGUGGGCCUUGAGGAAAGUGAUGAAUAUUGGAGCGAGAAUAAGAAAAGAAUGGUACAGAAAAAUAUUGCACCAAGCGUGAUACUGUUAGGUGAAGGAAUUUUGGUAAUUCGAUAGAACGGUGCGGUUUGGUUGAUCAUCUAUCUUGUUGAGUACUUCUUAAGAUAAUCAUUUGCAUUUGAUGGAUAUGUAGCAGCUUACAAUCAAACCUCAUGAUACUAUGACUAUAUGAUUCUACUUUUUUUUUUUAAUAUGCUAAACAAGUAAAAAAGGAAAGGAACAGUAAUAGCUUGCGAAAGCGAGACAACUAAAUAUUUAAAACUAUGAGAACACGUGUUUGCAAAGUAGAAUAAUGUGGAAGGAUUCGUACGUAUAUUUUCUGGUGCAUAAAGUGUAUAAUAGUCCAUUUAUUUGGGAUUCAAAUCAUGUAUUUCAUAAAAAUAAGUUAAAAAGGUACAAUUUUUGGGAAAAUACUGCUAAUGAGAUGAACGAGGAGUUCGAACCCGUGACGCCCUUUGAAAAAGCAACACCAUGCAAUGCUAAAGCUAGUACUUUUAACUAUGAGAAUGCACAGCCAAUGAUCAAAAUAGAAGUAAAUGAGCCACUUACUCCGUUUAUGGUAAUGGAAACAUAUCCACCUGUAAGCUGCAUUCCAACCACUUCGCAACAAACGCAAAAACGUAAGCAAUCUUUUACAUUUGACAGUAUAGCGGAAAAACCUCCUAGAAAGAAAAACGAAUUGAUGUCGCUCCAUUCAGCAAGUGAAACUGGUGAAACGCAACAUCCGCAUACGAAGAAAGAUGUUAUGAAGGAAACAUGCACACAGACAGUGGUUAACCCCUCGGUUAUGGUAUCAAAAGAAAUAACAGAAGCAGUUACUACAUCGGACACAAAUAAACCAAUGUCAGUAUUUGCUGCUUGUAUAGAUGAGGAGCUAAGUGCGCUCGAUGUUGAUCUCAAAAUUGUAGCGAAAAAAAAAAUAUUUCAAAUAAUAACAGAUUUACAAUUACAACAAUUAGAACGGAAUAACAUGCAAAAGUAACAUAUAUUAAUUAUAUAGUUUUAUUUUAUUUAUA